GCUCCGCUUCCAUCGCUUCGGCUCUGGGCGUGUGAGGCGGGAGCCGCUCGGCAGCCGCCUGCUCUCCUCUGGCAGGCGGGGCGGGGGGCGCCGAGCGCAUCGCUCGGGGAAGGGGUUAAGGGGGUGGGGGGCGCGCGAUGGCGGCGCAGCGCCGAGCGGGGCCGGGGGGGGGCGGAGCGGCGGAGACCGGCGGGCGGCAAGGCCCGGGCAGGCGGCACGGCGCCGGGACGGGGCUGGACGCUGAGGGGAGCGGCCCCCGGGGCUGCCCUGCUCGGCUCUGCCGUCCUCGUCGGCGGGCUGCUGGGCUGGAGCCUGCCCGGCGGCCUGCAGGGAGGAGCGGAGGUGCUGGCCCGCGGCAGCGAGGCGGUGAGGGACAGGUUCGUGGAGGUGGCCUGCUCCGGGGACUACGGCGCCGGCAGGAGGUUCGAAGGGUGCACUCCCAGGAAAUGUGGAAGAGGUGUAACCGAUGCAGUAAUAACAAGGGAGGAAGCUGAAAGAAUCCGUAGAAUAGCAGAGAGAGGACUGUCCUUCGGAGGAUCUGAUGGAGGGGCAUCAAUUUUGGACUUGCAUUCCGGAGCUCUUUCAAUGGGGAAGCAUUUUGUUAAUCUGUACAGGUACUUUGGGGACAAAAUUCAAGACAUCUUCACAGAAGAGGAUUUUGCAUUGUAUCGUGAUGUGAGACGGAGAAUUCAAGAAAAGAUUGCUCAGACUUUCGGAAUCAGCUCUUCCGCCAUGUACCUGACUAAGCCAACGUUCUUCUCCAGAAUUAACAGCACAGAAGCCAAGACAACGCAUGAUGAAUACUGGCACCCCCACAUCGACAAGGUGACUUACGGCUCUUUUGACUAUACUUCACUGCUGUAUCUGUCUGACUAUGCUGAAGAUUUUGGUGGUGGACGGUUUGUGUUUAUGGAUGAAGGUUCCAACAAGACGAUAGAGCCCCGAACAGGCCGGGUUUCCUUUUUCACCUCUGGAUCUGAGAAUCUUCAUCGGGUGGAAAAGGUUCGCUGGGGCACUCGCUAUGCCGUCACCAUCUCCUUUACUUGCAACCCAGACCACGGCAUUGGGGAUCCGGUCCUGACAUAAUUCCUCCCGGGAUGGAACGUGAGGUCGAAUGGAAUGAGAGAAGCCCUGCAAGAGGAGAGGAAAAAUGGAGAUAAUUUUAUAGACUUGCAUUCAAUUAGAAUUUCCCAGCUGUAUUUUGUUAUAUAAAAAACAUUUUGUUUUCAUGUCUUCUUUUCUGUGGGUGUUGCAAACAGUGCCUUAAGGACCAUCUUAAAUUUGGUAUGUUCUGUAACUGGUUUGUCUUCAUCUUCAUGUAGAGUCCUGCAAUGGGCUCUUCAUUUUUCUUUCAUUUUUCUUUCUUUCUUUUUUUUUUUUUUUUUUUUGAAUUUGAUUCUUCGGUUUAAAAGAUACAGACCACCUUUGGACCAUAUCUUGAUAUGACACCACGUGCUUCUGUUACCUGUUAUUAAAUUCUAUAGUCUCUUCCAGUACUAAUAGGAUUUGGAAACUUUGACCUAAUUAAUACAGCAAGAUGAGCGUUAUUCUUUUGGACAUGUCUCCUGCUGAGAGGAAUGUUUUCUCCUUUAGCAUGGGCAUUAGUGGGCGAUACACCUGUGGUUUGACUCCUGGGCUUUACUUGAACUUUUUUUUUUUAAAUUAAAUGACUACAGAUAUUUUCUGCUACAAGCAAGGACUAGUUAAUACAAUGUCAGAACUACAACCUUUUAGUUAGCCAGAAAGCACAUCACUUCAGGAUUACAAAUGUUGUGCAUUAGGGAGUGGCACCACAGUAGGUUCCUCUGACCAGAACGCAGCAUUCCCAACUUGCCUCGCUUUCUCAGUGGUGUCUUAAGAAAAGUGAUUAAUCUCCUGGUUGCAAGUCCCAUCCUAAAGUUAUUCAGAGCUCCUUAUGGGAAUGACUUGACCGUAUAACCAUGUAAAUUAUAUUUAUGUAAGUAUAUUAAAAAAUGUAAAUGUAUUAAAAGGAGAGCUGGGCAGAAGAAGUCAAACAGUUUUCUGGAUUCAGCUGAGCAUUCAUAAUUACCAAAUUCUCAGUUAGGACAGUAGGAUCUGGGAGGGACACAGGUGAGAAGAAAGUUAGUUUUGUGGUGGUUUUCCAUGCGCUGGUGCUGGAAUUCUUAGACUUGAUCCUGUAAACUGACUUGCUGCUUGGACAGCCGGAUAACAAAACCAUAUGGACCAGUUGUCUGUUGUAUGUGGGCUCUUACGGAAAUUAGCAUCCACUUACAUUUUAAAUUGAAAUGCUCUUGAGCUGGAGCUCAAUUGUAUAAACACUUUGAAACAUCUAUUUAUUGGGCCAAAAUUAAGUUUUAAGACCAAGUUUAAGAAAACUUGAUUUUUGUUACAGUUGAUAUAACUUACAUAUCCUGUAUGGUGAAAUACUGUUUAGCUUGUCCAAAACAAUGUUUUAUCUGUUUCAGGAAGUUUAUCAAUAGCUUUUUAUAGACUUCUUUUUUUUUUGGUUUAAUAUGAAGACUUCUGUUAACUAGGAUCAUUAGUCUGUGAUGUUACUUGAAUAAUAAAUCGCAAGAACUUCAGGAAGAGUUGAUUGCAUUGUAUUACAAAUGAAAUAAAACAAGUAAUCUUGCCAACUGCCUUGCUUUCUUACCACAAUCAAAGGUUUUUGUGGGUCAACACUUUAAGUAUAUCAUAGGAAAAAAUAUUUUUUCUUCAAAUUUUGAAGUGAGCAUUGAUUUGGUUUAUUAAUAGUCUAUCUUUUCUAUGAAAAUGAAAAUGUGGGGAUGUGCUUUUUUAAUGCAUACAAUUUCAUGUAAUUUUCAUUUUUGUUUUAAUCUCUCCUUUUAUGGAAGUUGUAAGUAUGGGGGAAUUACACUGAAGAUGUAAUAAAGAGAAUGAUGACUGGACACUUGUGCUAUUGUGAGUAUUUUAAGUUGGCACACCAGCAAAAUUGGUCUUCUAUAAUUUCAUGUCUUCUGAAAACUGAGAAGGGCAUCCUUGCUAACAAGGAAUUGUUAAAAGGACUGGAUGCUAGGAAAACGAUAGAUGGGUUCUGUAUCUAAAUACUUGUCUCAAAGCCUGUUAAUUCAAAGAAAGUUGCCUCACACCAAAGUUGUAUGUCUAUGUAAAGACCAGACACCAGCAACAGCUUUAGUGGGUUAACACUUUUUUUUGACAUCACUUUGUGAUUUAAAUGCAGGGCCUUUUCCACAAAAAUAUCAAGUAUCAGCAGAAUCUAAAUAUCAGUAGACCUCUGUGGAUUUUUUUUUUCACUGUAAGUUUUCUCAUUAGGGCUUUGUAAUUUUAAAAAGUGUUUAUUAGUUACUUCUCUGUCAUGCAGGCUUUGAGUUGCACUAAGUGAAAAUAGCACUUUGAGAACUGCCCUCUCUAAAAUACUCCUUAUCAAGACCAUGUUAGACCAUGGGGGAAAUCCCAACUAAUCUGCUCUCAGGUUUUAAUCUUCCAAAGCUUGUGUGUGUUGUAAUAUCUUCCAAACCCGGUGUUUUCUCCCAUGCUGUGAAUUGACUGACAUUCAGAAAUAAAAUCAAGUUGG